AUGCCGACGGACUUCUGCGUUGGACCAGUUCACCACAACAUAAUCCUAGGCAUGCCGUGGGUGACCCAGUGGAACGCGCAAAUGCGUUCGCCAGAUGACGCCAUGUGGGUCUUCCCUCCAGGAAGUAGUGAGAGUGUACACCUCUCAGAGCUCUCAACGGCAUCUGCAUCAUCUAUGGUCAGAGAAGCAGAAACUGUGUCCCAAGGAGAGCGGAGUGUGGAGGCUCUCAUGCAAUGGAGAGGCACUGAAGGAAACGGCGGAGAUAUGCAUGCAAUCGGUCUUGACAGUUUCGCAAAGACGGCAGUCUUGCAGGAUCCGAUCCAGUUAGGACCCGAGGAACGGCAGAAGUUGGCAGAAUUGAAGGGAGAGUUCUCGGUUGUACUCAAUAACAAAGGGUUACAGGCGGGCAGGCCACCCGCGUGA